AUGGCUGGAGUCAUGAAGCUAGCAUGCUUGGUCUUGGCCUGCAUGAUUGUGGCCGGUCCAAUCACAUCGAACGCAGCUUUGAGUUGUGGCCAGGUUAACGGCGCCGUGGCACCUUGCAUAGGCUACAUACUCCGAGGUGGAGUCAUUCCCCCAGCGUGCUGCAACGGCGUUAGAGGCCUUAACAAUGCGGCUCGUACAGGACCAGACCGUAAAGCAGCUUGCCAGUGCCUUAAAUCUGCGGCUGCAGCCUUAGGCUCUGGUCUCAACGCAGGUCGUGCAGGUGGACUUCCUAGGGCAUGUAGAGUCAAUGUUCCUUUCCCAAUCAGCACUAGCACCAACUGCAACAAGUAUGUCUUAAUCUCUCACUCUCUCUCAUCAGUCCUCAUACAUAAAUUAUAA